AUGGCCUUCCAGACAAACGUCUUCAGAAACGGGGCCUGGGUGACGGAAACUAUUGACCUGCAAACUGUUCUGAGGGGCUCAACCACAACCACCUCCGCUGUCGCCCCUUCACUCCCCGCUCCGCCAAGCUGUGGCAUCUUGACAAGAACUAUCAUCGAAAGCCCUGUCGCGCGAUGGGUCCUGCCUGCCCGUCUGAGAUCUGCGCAUCAUAACGAUGUUGCCUUUGUGGGGGACCGUUACGUGAGCAUCAAAGAGUUGCGCAAGGAUGGUCAGCUUCAAGAAGUGCUUCGGAAGAAUGACUUUGGCUGUCGCAUCCGAAAUGCCCUGGUCAUUGGAAACAAGUACGAGCACUUUCGCGUUGUCGCGGACGACUCUGGCCAUGAUCACAUAAAAAGCGAAGAUGAAGACGACGACACCCACAUGGCCGACUUCGGCUCUGUGUCUGGCACCAGCAGUUCUCAUGGACUGUUGCCACCGCACUUAUUACUUCUCAUACUUGAAUCUGGUUCUUUCGUCUUCCUCUUCAUCAGAAGAAACUUACGAGGAAUGCUAGAUUUCGUCGCAUCGCCGUUCCACAAUUCAGUAAAGAGGCUAGGCCACCUGGGCUUUCACGUAGCUGUUGAUCCUAGAUCUCGCUAUAUCGCUGUUGCGGACGCCCAGAACAAAUUUGUCGUUUACGAGCUAGAGUCCAUGGAGGCCAUGGGCGACCAGUACAUGCGUUACACGUCCAUCAAACCCAUCAGGGCGCAUCACCCAAGGGCAGUUCAGGGUACCAUCCUCAAGAUGGAAUUUCUCUAUCCUCGCCCUGAGGACGAGAACCACGUCAUUCUCCUGCUUAUCAUCGCAAAGGCCGACAGGUCAAAAAUGGUCAUCUAUGAAUGGGAGCGCGGGGAUGAUCUUAGCCGGGUGCUGGCUGAAGAGAAGCGUGGCCAUCGCAUAGCGCCAGAGCAUCGUCUACCACUUCUCAUCAUUCCUUUGACAGUGAGGAGUUCCUUUUUCGCAGUUUCCGAGCACGCUCUUGGCAUAUGCAAGGAUCCUCUCCAGGGACCUCCUGACAUCGAGACAAUCAAUCCAGUCAGCCAUCCUGCGAGUCCUUUUCACCACGGCACCGGCGUACCCCUAUGGACAGCUUGGGACAGACCGGUCCGGAGGCGGCGCUACUACGACACCAAGGAUCUCAUUUACUUGGCUAGAGAAGAUGGUGUGAUUGUCUUCUUUGAAUUCAAUGCGACGGAUAUUCUAGGCGCUGCUAUGAAUGUUGGCAGCUGCAACUGCAACAUUUCCACCGCCUUCACCACAAUGUAUGACGCUUACUCCGACGUGGCCAUAGUCGCCGGAGACUCUGGCCCUGGGAUGGUCUUUCAGCUCAAACCUCGGGAACCUCUCGUCGAGCUUGGGAGCAUCCCAAACUGGUCAUGCUCGGUUGAUUUCGUCACUACGGAUGCUCUGACAACUUGGGACCCUGAAUUUGGUCCAAAAGGGAAGCCCAUCGUGCCAUGGCGAGAGAGAACGUUGGACCAUUUGACAGCUCCAGACAACCUCCUCUGCGCGUCUGGGAAUGGGCCGCAGGGCAGCAUAACAGAGCUUCGCUACGGGCUCCCCGCUAACAUCAUCUCGUAUUUCGAGCCGCUGCCAACGAGAAAAGUCUGGGUCUUCAGAACUGCAGACGCAAAUUGGCCGUAUCAAAUGUUGAUGGCCAGCCCCGGGACCUCCGAUGUGUUGCUAGUAUCAGCUGAUCUCUCACACGCGGAGAUGGCAGAUCCAAUGGCAACCCAAUUUGACACAGAGUCUCGAACUCUUGCAGCGGAACAAAGCCGAGACGAUACUAUUACUCAGGUAUCCGAGAAGCGCAUCACCACCGUCGCCCGCCACCACAGUUCAAAAUUCGAACUCGGUGACUUCGAGGGCGUGAGCGGAGUGGCCGAACAUGCAGCCGUCAGCGGUAGUUACAUUUGCGUGUCGACCUUCGAAGAAUCUCGCUUCCGAAUCCACACUUUCCGCACGAAAGGCACCGAAACAACCUUGACACAAACUUAUGCUGUCGACGGCGAAGUAACGUGUCUAGCUCUCUGCUCAUUUGAUGGAAGGGAAUGUGUGUUGGCUGGUUUGUGGCGACAAAACAGCCCCUUCUUGGCCGUCUUCCCGACAGACGUUAUGGGAGAGGAGCCGGAGCUGAUACGGCUUGCCAUUGACGAUGCUGGAAUUGAUGCGGAAGACAUUGAUGCAAUGGAAGUUACCCCGACGAUUGAGCUGAUCACCACCAUUGUGCCAGUAGCGGAAUCAGCGAAGCAAACAAGUGUAGUUUUGGGGACUCGAAGUGGGCAUCUGAUUACAGUCCAACUCACCGGCCCCAGCCCCUUUCAGUAUCACAUCUUUAGGGAGAGGCUAAGCACAGUCGCGCUCGAGGUUGUACCCCUGGAAACGCCCCUACUUCCUAGCUCUGUACUGGUUUGCUGCAACGACACCCUCCUACUUCUCAGGGACUUCGAGACUAGACGGCCGGGUCAUUUUGCCACAAAGCACCGUGUAUGGACAACUGAUCUGAAGCAUCCGGCAACUCCAUCGAUGCCCAUCAUCUCUGCGACAUAUAUUCCCACUGAUUUGAGCGGCAACAAUCGCGCACCGCUAGUUUUUCUGUCGGGAGAGCGCAUGUCAUUCGUGGAGCUGUAUUUGCAAGCUGGACCGGUGCCUAAAACACUGCCACUGCCCGGAACACCUGCCAAGGUGCUGUACUCACAAAUUUUACAGUGCUUGGUUGUCGCAGUGCAAAUUGGCAAGCAACCAACAGUUCUUUUCAUGGACCCGGAUACCGGAGAAGACCUCUCUCUUCCGCAAGACAAGCAUGGGAAUGUGACGACAUUCAUUAGCGGUUUGGGAAGCCAAGACGACAAAAUCCAUGCAGUUUACGACUGGGUUUUUGUCAAAGACGGGAUGACAUUUCACUACCUCAUCGUCACAACGGCAGGCGGACGCCUCUUGCUUGUGUCUCCGAAAAAGGAAGAGAGUUAUGAUCCUGAAGGCAACAGGAAAAUCAGGGUACGGUUCUCCACCAAAUACAGGAUCAAGGAGAAGGCGCCCAUAUACUCUAUUGUUGGAGAUGGGGACAGCAUUAUCUACUGCGCUGGCAAAGUUCUUCACUGGGAUGUCCUUGACUCUGUCGAAAAGAGAUUGGUUCGCAAAAAAACAUACGAGUUGAACUCACCCGCCAUCUCACUACGGGUGGUGAACGGCAAGAUCUCGGCGCUAACUUUGAGUGAUUCUUUGGUGGUCAUCGAUCACAAGGCAGAGAACACACACGGAGAAAUGACACAGAUUCACGCGGAUCAGGUGACGCGAAAGUCGAAUCACUUCUUCGACGUCGGAGAUGAUGCAGACCCAGAGCUGGCCUGGCCAGUGACCCUACUGACGGGUAUGGACCGGUCCUUCGCGGCAGUCUGGACUCCCUGGAAACAGUCCAAGAGAGAGCUGGAGCUCGUUGCGGAAGGACCGUUGCCGGCCAGCAUCAGGAAACUUCAGCGAGGUCGGGUGCGGCCAGAGUGGGUAGCGACGGAACAUGCGCCACGGUACGGCAGUAUACCAAGCACAGUAGACGGUGCCGAGGUUUUGGGCAUCUGCCUUGACGGAUCACUGAUGCACUUCAGCCUACUCAACCUUCAAGCAUGGCGGUUUCUACGUCUUGUUGAGAACCUGGCGUUGAGAAGCCGACUACUGUUUCCGUACAGCUACGAAGUGUCGGUCUUGGACGACGAGGAAUACGACGCGGAAGCAAAAGAUAUGCCAAAGUCGAUGAAGCACAUAAACGGGGACUUGCUCCAGCAGUGUGUUGACAAACGGGCACUUGAGAAGAUCAUGUCGGAGGACAGCGAUAUCGACCUUUUGCGGGAGUAUCUGGACGACUUGGAGGAUGGAAAGUGGACAGCAGCUUUUCAAGAUGCUAACGACAUUUCGUGUUAUUUCGCUCUUGCGUAUGACAUUUUGGAUUACUACCUUGCUCCUGUAAUAUGA